UCCCAGCUGCGGCUGCGCAGUCAGGAGGCAGCCAGCAUCAACAUUAUCUGACGCAUUUCUACUGGUUGUGUAAGUAAAAACAGACAGACUGCGUUCAGACUCAGCGAUUCCAGUUCGUCAAAUGCAAGAUACGGUAAAUAUGGCGGCUGAAUCGGAAUUUGAUGAAGAAGAGGAGCCUCCGUUCAGCGAUCCGGAGGAUUUUGUGGAUGACAUCGAUGAUGAAGAGUUGUUGGAGGAUGUUUUGAGGGAGAGACCUUUGGAGGCUGAUGGGAUUGAUUCGGUGGUCUUGGUGGACAACGUUCCUCAGGUGGGCCCUGAACGUCUGGAGAAACUGAAAAAUGUGAUCCAUAAAAUCUUCUCCAAGUUUGGAAAAAUCACUAAUGAAUUUUACCCUGAAGAGGCUGGGACGACAAAAGGGUAUAUCUUUCUGGAGUAUGCAUCCCCUAACCAUGCUCUGGAAGCUGUUAAGAAUGCAGAUGGUUACAAGCUGGACAAACAGCACACAUUCAGAGUCAAUCUGUUCACUGAUUUUGAUAAGUAUAUGAAUAUCAGUGACCAGUGGGAAACCCCUGAAAAACAGCCAUUUAAAGACUUUGGCAAUAUGAGGCACUGGCUUGAGGAUCCAGACUGUCGUGAUCAAUACAGUGUAAUCUAUGAAUCGGGAGAGCGAACUACCAUAUUUUCAAAUGACCCGAAGGAGCCGAUCCUGGUUGAAGAGAGAGCUCGCUGGACAGAGACUUACGUCCGCUGGUCACCCAAAGGGACAUACCUGGCCACCUUUCACCAACGAGGAAUUGCAUUGUGGGGUGGAGAGAAGUUCAAGCAGAUACAGAGAUUCAGCCACCAGGGUGUCUCUCUCAUUGACUUCUCCCCAUGCGAGAGGUAUGUGGUGACUUUCAGCCCACUGAUGGAUACUAAAGAGGACCCUCAAGCCAUCAUCAUCUGGGACAUCCUGACCGGACAGAAAAAACGUGGCUUCCAUUGUGAGAGUUCGGCACACUGGCCUAUUUUUAAGUGGAGUCAAGAUGGAAAGUUCUUUGCCAGAAUGACACAAGACACUCUGAGCAUCUAUGAAACCCCGUCAAUGGGUCUGCUAGAUAAGAAGAGUUUGAAAAUAAGUGGAAUAAAAGAUUUUUCUUGGUCACCGGGAGACAACAUUAUUGCCUUUUGGGUCCCGGAAGACAAGGACAUUCCAGCCAGGGUAACGCUCAUGCAGUUCCCAUCCCGUUUAGAGAUUCGGGUGCGAAAUCUUUUCAACGUGGUGGACUGCAAGCUUCAUUGGCAAAGGCAGGGUGACUACUUGUGUGUGAAGGUGGACCGAACACCCAGAGGAACACAGGGUGUUGUCACCAACUUUGAGAUUUUCCGCAUGAGAGAGAAACAGGUUCCUGUUGAUGUGGUAGAAAUGAAAGAGAGCAUCAUUGCAUUUGCCUGGGAGCCCAAUGGCAGUAAGUUUGCGGUACUACAUGGAGAAUCACCCAGAAUAAAUGCCUCAUUUUACCACGUCAAAAGCAAUGGCAAGAUUGAUCUCAUCAAGAUGUUUGAUAAGCAGCAGGCCAACAGUAUCUUUUGGAGUCCUCAAGGUCAGUUCCUGGUACUGGCAGGACUGCGCAGACAGUAUCAGGAGGAAUAA